AUGAAUCGAGAUGCAGACGAAGCCAGUAUCACCAGUUCAAGAGCCGUGAAUCUACCCCGUUUCUCUCGUCGUCGAAACCUGAGCGUUACUAGCAGUUAUCAGCCGCGCCAUUCGCCCAGGACAUCAAAGGACAACAUGCCCUCUCAUGACACCUCGGUGCCGGCCAUAUCUUUACCUGAGAAUUCAAAGCAGGUUGGCUUUAAGAUGACUCGGAGCUCAUCAAUGAGGGGCAUUGAUGCCCCACCGGUAGAAUUAAACAAAGCCAGUCUGGAACACGUACGAAAGCUUCUGCGUCAACUGCUUGUAGAAUCUGCCGUGCCAAAUGACAACAGCUGGGAAAACGCCUUAAUGCCAAUACUCUUGAAAGCAGCAGACGAGGUCGAUCCAGAUGUCCAAAAAGGGGAUGAUAUGGACAUCCGACACUACGUCAAGUUGAAGAAGAUUCCGGGUGGCGACCCUAGUGACACUUCUUAUGUAUCGGGACUCGUUUUCACGAAAAAUUUGGCUCUGAAAGGCAUGUCGCGCAACAUUUUGCGUCCAAACAUCUUGAUCAUCACGUUUCCUCUUGAAUAUGCUCGUCAGCAACAACAUUUUAUGAGUCUCGAACCGCUCAUUCGACAGGAGCGCGAGUUUCUAGAGAAUUUGGUCAGUCGGAUCUCAGCAUUGCGUCCAAGCCUACUGUUGGUCGAGAAAACUGUUUCUGGUUUGGCUCUUGGCCUCCUCGAGCAAGCUGGGAUUGCGACUGCAUACAACGUGAAGCCAUCCGUUCUCGAGGCCGUGUCGAGAUGUACACAGACUAGAAUUAUGACAUCUAUGGACAAGCUCUUGACGACCACAUUGCAUAGUGAAUGCAGCAGUUUCGACGUGAAAACCUAUGUUCGUAAUGGUCGAAGGAAAACAUAUAUGUACAUCUCCGGCUGUCCGAAAGAGCUCGGGUGUACCAUUAUCCUGCGCGGUGGGGAUGAUCAAGUCCUCCGGAAUGUGAAAAGGAUCACUGAGUUCAUGAUCUACGUUGUGUACAAUCUUCGCCUAGAAACAAAUCUUAUGCGGGAUGAAUUUGGGAGGAUAUCAACCGAAGACCCGACGACUCAGCAAGACAAAGACAAGAAAUCCAGUCCCCAGAGUAUCGCUCACGAAAGCGGCGCACAUCUAAUCGACCCACCUACUGUUCAACAGGAAACAAAGGAGAACCUUUGCGAUAUCUCUGAUAACCAAAUUCUCGUUGAUGCUGAUGCUGCAAAAGUUCCAGACAACAUCCCAAUGCCAACAUACCAUGAUGAUAUGGUUCAUGACUAUGAGACAAAAAUUUUAUCGGCCUCUCCUUUCGUCAAAUUCGAACCUCCAUAUCUCCUGAUGCGCGCGCGCGACAUGGAACGCAGACUUUCAUAUCUGAAGUCUCUUCGUGAUCAAGACCGCAACUCGCAUCAAACCACAGAUGAAAAGGCCAAACCGCAGAAAUUCGUCCUCAUCACCCCGGAAAUGGUCCAUCAAUCACCACAAGAUGCGCCAGCAAAAGUCAAGGAAGUAUUGCGUGCUGCGCAUGAAGCCGAGUACGAUCGGGCGCUUCAUCACCAUCAAACCCAAAAACGCCAGUGGGAAGCCUACGUGGCGGGGAAUCCUAAUAUGUUUGACCCUUAUGCGCAUCAGAAUCUGGUCAUUCUCUACAGUGUUGUGUGCACAACAACAUCAGUCCCCUGCUCAGGGCCAGAUACUUUUGCCCUGGAGUUCUACAAUGAACAUGGGGAUGACACAGUUUUCGAGUCGGAUCUCACAAUUGGGCAGUAUGUCGAGGACCUUUGUCAUGCAGCAAAUUCUGUAUGCAACAUCAACGGCUGCGAGAAGCGCAUGUUCGAACACCACCGCCAGUAUGUCCAUGGCGAGGCUCAGAUCAGCGUCCUGGUUCAGUCUUGUCCUCCUAAGCUGCGUGGACUCCAUAAUUCUGUGCUGAUGUGGAGCUGUUGCAAAAUUUGUGGCAAUGAAACCCAAGUUAUGCCUAUGUCGUCGAGCACAUGGAAAUAUUCAUUCGGAAAAUACUUAGAGCUAUCUUUCUGGGGAAGGCACUUGCUUGCUCGUACUGGAGGUUGUUCGCAUGAUUUGCGGCGGGAUUACCUCCACUAUUUUGGCUACAGGGAUCUUGCUGUGCGAGUCCAAUAUGACCCCAUUCGUCUUCUCGAGAUUAUCGUUCCACGACCUCGUGUCACUUGGAAAGUGGACAAUGAUUUGAAGCUGAGGAACGAAGUAUACUUGCGUACCGAGGAACGUAUCAGCAAAUUUAUGACCUCUGUACAAGAUCGACUGAAAAGCAUCAAAAUCACAAGUGUUAUCCCUGAGCUAGUUGAGAGCUGCAAGACGGAAAUCGAAACUUUGGUCAAGAAGGGUCAUGAAGACCAUAGCUCUUUGGUCCGACACUUACAAGACAGAUACACAAGUUCUCGCUACUGGGAGAUUAUACCGCUGAAUGAGGUCCUCCGUGCAGUUCAAGAAAAGGUUGUCGAAUGGGACAUGACAUUUGCCGAUUUUGAAACGAACUUCUUCCCAUCGGAAAAGGAUAUCAAGCAUAUGGCAACGCUGCAACUCAAAAAGAUCUUCCUCGACAAAGACGUAGCAUCGGUUUCUACAGAUGAUGCCCUUCAGACUCCUACAGACGUCGAGGAUGAACACAACCUGGCAGUUGACAGGCCACGGAUGAUGCGACGUAUGACACUGUCACCAGAAAAGGCCCAAAAUGUACUAGUCUCCGUUGUCGAGGAGCAUGCUGGCAAAAAGCACCGUGAGGAACUCGAAGAAGUCGAGUUGCCUUCUCCUCCAGCGUCGGCCGAGGAAGUAACUUUAUCACUCGAUACAGCCGAUGGAACGAGGUCCUCUCCCCAGGAUGAGGCUGUCUCACAAGAAGAAGUCCGUCAUCUCGACUUGGCUGUUCCUACUGGUCAGUCGGAAUGCAGCUCCGUCGGCCAUGCUGGCAUUUCGACUGAACCUCCCAUCAAUUCUGAUCUUCCAGUGAUGAUCCCCGGAGACGGCUCAUCGGAAUCAUCACCACCGGAAAGUUCCGAGAUUGCAGAAGUUGCUCAUCAAGAAACCAAGAAUGGGACCGAAGACAGUGGGGCUUCUGACAUGCCAAGUACCCCAGUACGUCGGCCUUCAGCGAUACCGAGACCUACCGAGCCAGCCUUUCGACGCACCGGCAAGGCACGAUCUCCUCCGCUUGUCCGUGCUCAGUCUCAGCCAGCGAAUCUACCACGAUCAUCUCACAGCAUUCAACUUCCAGGGUUGAAAUUAGCGUUCACCAACCCAAUCGAUCCGCAAAAGCCUGCUGGCCAAUCAUCAACAAAGUCAUCGGAUAGAAAGCUGAGCGAUCGUUUGGGCUUGAGUUCCCUCAAGAGUGCCCGAUUUGCCUCAGGUCACUCACUUAUCCCACGGUCUGCUCCAGGUAAAAAGGGAGUGUCGCAGGUUUCCAACCUUGCCAGGCAUUUUGAGCAAUUGAGCCGUGAGUUCGAAAAGGAGAGACAGCGCGAAAGACGGCAACGUGCUGCCAAGGGCACUCAGUCCCGAGCAUUCCCAUUGCCGUCCUCGAAGCCCAUCGUGGAGGUCUAUCGAAAUGUACGAGAGGCUGUUGAAGAACGUGAACCACCCGUUGAUAGCGAUGAAUCUUUGCCCUCAGCUCCACUGAUUCCAAUGGACGACAUAACCCGCAAGAGCGAUGAACUUACGCAUGAUGAUAUAACUCAUGAUGAGCCCUCUCUGCCAGAUGAUUCUUCACCAGCGCCCAUAGAAGUGGACAGGGCACUCUCUCCUGACAAUCAAUUAUUGUCUGGUGGCGAAGCAGAUGAUCACCAGAGUGAUGAGGAUCAAAACAUGGUUGAAGAUCUCCAUCCGGUAGAUUCCCAUGAAGAGACCAAGCACUCAGCAGAGGACGAUUCAAUUGACUUUAAAGAACUCCCUAAACAUGAGCGCACUACCCUUCUGAAAAUUCUGACAAACUUCUGGUCUGAACGUUCUGCAAGUGGGUGGCCGUCUCUUGACUAUCCACUCAGUGUCAUGGAUCAUGUCUUUGCUGAUUGCAACAUUAUUGUUCGCGAGGAUGAACCAAGCUCUUUGGUAGCGUUCGCUUUGGACUCUUCCGACUACAAAGAAAAACUUUCAAGCAUUCAACAGCGGUUUGACGAGGCGGAAGAACACAAACCAGAUGAUGGAGAUGACAUCGAGGCUGCUAAGGAAGCACGGGUCGAACAUGCUCUCUUGCGACCUACGGGCACACACCUCAAAUAUCAAUUCCAAGAAGGCCAGGCCAAGAUGCUGUGCAAAGUGUUCUACGCUGAGCAGUUUGAUGCUCUGCGCAAAAAGUGCGGUGUGGCAGAUCGAAUCGUCGAGUCGCUGUCUCGGUGCGCAAAGUGGGACUCAAAGGGUGGCAAAACAAAAUCGUUGUUCCUGAAGACCCUUGACGAUCGUUUCAUUCUCAAGUCACUCUCGCCCAUUGAGACGCAGGCUUUCCUCAAAUUUGCCCCGGCCUAUUUCCAAAUCAUGUCCGAAGCCCUGUUCCAUGAACUCCCUUCAGCAAUCGCCAAGAUGUUUGGUUUUUACCAAGUCAUCAUCAAGAACCCCGUCACAGGAAUGGAGUUCAAUUGGUUCUUGUUGCUUAUGGAGAACUUGUUCUACGACCGUGUUCCUACGCGUAUCUUCGACUUGAAAGGCUCAAUGCGAAACCGCAAAGUAGAGAGCACCGGCGAACGGAACGAGGUUCUCUUGGACGAGAACAUGGUGGAUUUCAUCUACGAGACACCUCUCUUUGCCCGCGAGCACUCAAAGAAGCUUCUUGGUCAAAGUGUGUGGAAUGACACACUCUUCUUGGGUCGCCAAGACGUUAUGGAUUACUCGCUCAUGAUCGCCAUCGAUGAAAGCCGCAACGAAUUAGUGGUAGGGAUCAUUGACUGUAUCCGCACCUACACCUGGGACAAAAAGCUCGAGUCCUGGAUCAAGGACAAAGGAUUUGGUGGCGGUGGCCGCAAUCGCCCAACGGUCACAAGUCCCAGAGAGUAUAAAGGUCGUUUCCGUGAGGCGAUGGCUCGAUAUGUCCUUCAAGCUCCAAGCUGCUGGCAUCAAUUCCAACCAAGUGCGAUGUACCGCUAUGAGAACCACCCCAAUGAAGCUGAGACUGUUGAUGGGAACGGGUUUGUGGAAGACCCCGGUUAUUAA